AUGUUCAUCAAGGCGUUAAAAAUCCAUGGAUUCAAAUCGUUCCGCGACGCCGACAGCAUCACGUCGUUCAGUCCCGGGCUGAAUGUCGUUGUAGGGCGCAAUGGCAGUGGCAAGAGCAACUUUUUCGCUGCGAUCCGGUUCGUCCUGGGCGAUGCGUACGCAUCGCUUUCGCGCGAAGAGAGACAGGCGCUCCUCUAUGAUGGCUCAGGCGCGGUCUCGACGACUCUCUCGGCCUAUGUGGAAGUGACAUUUGAUAAUCACGAUGGCCGCUUCCCCGCGAAUGGCGACGAAGUCGUGCUGCGACGUACGAUUAGUCUCACACGCGACGAUUUUCUAAUUGACCGCAAGAGUGCGACAAGGCAGGACGUUACAAAUUUGCUCGAAUCUGCCGGUUUCAGUACCAACAACCCAUACUACAUCGUGCCGCAGGGCCGUAUUACUCACCUCACCAAUGCGACAGACGCCGAGCGGCUGGACCUCCUGAAGGAUGUCGCUGGCACGCGUGUCUACGAACAAAGACGUGCGCAGAGUUUGGAGAUCCUCCGGACGACAGACAUGCGCUAUAAUGGCUCCGCGGACCUACUCGCUCAGCUAGAUGCACGCAUUGACGAGCUCGCGAAAGAGCAAAGUGAAUUGGAAAAGUUUUACGCACGCGAUCGCGAACGCCGAUGCUUGGAGUACACAAUCUACCAGCGCGAGCUGGCUGACGUCUCAGAGAUGCUGGAAUCGCUCGAGAAUGAACGUCGCCGCGACGUCGACGAGUCCAACACCCGGCGCGAAGAAUGGGCCCGCUACGAUCAAGCGCGUGCUGAGCGAGAAGCACGGCAUUCUCAGCUCCUCCAGCAGCUUGAGCAGGUGUCCUUGGAUCAAGCACAGCUCGAGCAGGAGCGUCGUGAACUCUCUCGGUCGCAAGCGCAAUUGGACAACUCGCUCGAUGAUCUAGAUCACAUGCCAGACGGCGGCCGUGCAGCGCUUGAAUCACAACUUGCUACCCUGCGUGCCACCAUGGCCGAGCGCGAGAGUCAGCUGCAGGCACAAACGGACGAGCAUGUGCGUGUAAUGCGGGAGCUCGAGUCGCAUCGUGCGGCGUUUGAGCGCGAUCGCACGCGCAUGUCGGCGCUGUAUGCAAAGCAGGCUCAUGCUGCACGCUUUAGCAGCAUCGAAGAGCGCGAUGCCUUUCUCCAGGCGCAACUGGCAGAGCUCGAUACAGAAGCGGCAUCUCUGGACGCAGCAACCAAAGAGGCGCAAGAGGCAUGCGCGGCCGCCCAGGCUCAGCACGAACAGCACACCGCGGAACGGUGUGAGUUCGAAGAGCAGCUCGCAAAUCGCGGCACAACACUCGCUGCCAUGCAGGAACAGUGGCGCACACUGCACGACGAGCGCAAUGCGCUCCUUGAGCACAAAAAGGAGCUGUGGAAGCAAGAGACCAAGACAUCGUCGCAGCUAACGCACGCUAAGGACCAACUGAGCACCGCGCAGCGCAACCUCGUCGGCAUGAUGGACCGCGCGACGGCCGCUGGCCUGCAAAGCGUCGAGACGAUUGUCGCUCGCGAGCAGGUGCAAGGUGUCUACGGACCACUGUACCAGCUCUUCCGUGUGGAUGAGCGGUAUAAAACGGCCGUCGAAGCCACGGCCGGCGCAUCGCUUUUCCAUAUUGUGGUCGAUACGGACGAGACAGCGACCACGCUCUUGAGCCUGCUGCAACAGGAGAAGAGUGGCCGUGUCACGUUCAUGCCACUGAAUCGAUUGCGUCCUCCUGACACACAGUAUCCACACGCGCCAGAUGCCGUCGUAAUGCUGCGCAAGCUUUCGUUCGACGAGCACCUCUUGCCUGCAUUCAAGCAGGUAUUUGGCAAGACAAUCAUAUGCCCGCGCUUGGACAUUGCGGCUGCGUACGUGCGGAGCAGCCAGGGCUUGAAUGCCAUCACACUCGAUGGCGACCAGGUGGAUCGCCGUGGUGCGCUUAGUGGCGGUUUUCAUGACCCGAGUCGGUCGCGACUGGACGCAGUGCGCCGUGUGCAGCGUUGGCUCGGCGAAGUGGAUGUCUUGGAGGCACAGCUCACACAACAGCGGCAAGACUCCCAUGAGCUCGAGCAGAGAGUCACGCAGAUGUACAGCGAUAUGCUGCGCCUCGAGGCGCAGCGGCACCAGCUGCAGGAAUCACGCGCCGCAUCUCAGCAUGAGCUGACAUGGCUGCGACGCUCAGAGUCCGACUCCCUCGCACGCAAAGAGCGCUUGGAGCAGGCCGUGUCGGAGCGUAGCGUCGAGCACACCGCUCUCAAGACGCGGCGCCAAGUACUCGAAGCGGAGAUCGGCUCACCCCUCGAUCAGGGCCUUGAUACGCACGAAGCCAAGGAGCUGCGUUUGCUUCUUGCCCAGCAGCAACACAGCGAAGAGACACUUGCAUCACUCACACGCACAUCCGUUGCUCUAAGUGAAUCGACUAGCGCACUGCGCAGCGAGCUGGACGAGUGCCUGCGCCGCACGUUCGAUGCACUGCAAGCGCGUCUCGACCGUAUGGACGAUCGGCCUUCCAGUGCAACCGCAGCUGCCCUAGAACAGAGCCACGCGACAAAUGCCGCGCGACGAGAGGCUGUGAACCAGCAGUACGACACACUCGCAGCGGAGCUUGCAGAACUUGAAAAGACCAUGGAUGCAUCUAGGGGCACCAGCGAUGAGCAAGCUGACGACGUGUCUCGACAGCAUGUUGCCGCUGAGCGCUGGGCUGCGCGCAAACAGCGGAUGGAAGAACAGCGCUCACGCAUCAACGAGCGCAUUCGAGAUCUGGGCGUCUUGCCAGAAGAGGCCUUCCAAAAAUACCAGAAACGCUCGACUGAGCAACUCGCAGCACAACUGCAGCGUGUGCGCGCCUCGCUGGACGAAGUCGCACAUGUCAACAAGCGUGCUGUCGAGCAGUUCCACAGCUUUUCCAAACAGCGUGACACGCUUCUGCAGCGGCACAAGGACUUGGCUGCAUCACAUGCGUCGAUCGACGAACUCGUCGAGGUGCUGGACGCACGAAAAGCUGCCGCGCUCGAUGCGACAUUCCAUCAGGUCGCAGCGCAUUUUACAGAGAUCUUUGCCGAGCUUGUGCCAGGAGGACGUGGCCGCCUGGUGAUGCACAACGGCAUCGGCGUAUCGAUGGACGUGUCGUUCCACGCAGGCCAGGAGCGCAUGAGGAUGACACAGCUAUCUGGCGGACAAAAGUCGCUUGUGGCACUGGCACUCGUGUUUGCAAUCCAGCAGAGCGAUCCAGCUCCUUUCUACCUGUUCGAUGAGAUCGAUGCAAACCUGGAUACGCAGUACCGCACAGCCGUCGCGCAAAAAGUGCAUGCGCUGGCACGAGAUGCACAGUUCAUCACGACGACGUUCCGCCCAGAGCUCGUUGAGCGUGGUGAUCAGCAUUAUGGCGUGCUAUUUGGACAGCAAAAAGUGUCGUCUAUCGUCGAGAUCACUCGUACGCAGGCUCGCGAGUUUGUUGAAGCGGCUGCCGAUGAUACCUCUUCCUAG